AUGGGUUUGGUGAUUGAAGCUGAAGAGAAGGUUAUUCUUGAGACAGCAUUGAAGUAUGUGUCAUCUCUUAUAGAUGCACCUGACAGAAGAGGGAGGAAACCUCUUUCGUAUGCAGCAUCCAUAGGUUAUGUUGAUGGGGUUUGCUACAUCCUGGACACAUUUGUUGAUUACACAUACAAAAGAGAUGGUGAUGGGUCUUAUCCCAUUCAUGAGGCAUCGAGCCAAGGCCAUAUUGAAGUUGUUAAGGAGUUUCUACGACGUUUUCCAGAUUCAAGAGAGUUGCUAAACAAAGAAGGGCAAAAUAUUCUUCACGUUGCUGCUAAGAGUGGAAAAGCCAACAUUGUUAGUUAUAUGCUUAAGGCCCCUGAGCUUGAGAUGCUUAUCAAUGACACAGACGAAGAUGGAAACACCCCAUUGCUUUUGGCCACAAAGAAUGCUCGUGCUGAGAUAGUGAGCAUUUUGACAUGGGACAAGAGAGUUAGGUUAGAGAUAAAGAAUGGCGAAGGCUUUACCGCUUUAGAUGCUGCUCUCACUUACGAGGGGACCACUCACUCAAUUCACGAGGUAUUGUUAUUAUUAUUAUGAUUAAUGAUUCAUUCA